CCAACACCUCAUGUUGAGUACAAUGACCUCAGUACUUCAGAAUGGACUACGCGACAAAUGAUGUGGGUGAGAAAGUGGAAGCCGAACGAUGGCUACAUUGCCGAACGGGAGAAGUGCAAGUGCCCCCAUUCUAUGCGCACUCGAGAGGACCAGCGUCGCAUGCGUGGACGGCUUCGCAUGCGACAGGAGAAGCUCAACCGACUGCUCAAGAAUUUCCAUACCCUGGAUGUGCCCUUCCGCCAUGGGGCUUCCAAGCAUGGUUCCUGCGUCCGUGCCAUAUGUGUUUUGGUGCAGCUAACAAUGGAGCAGGGAGAAGAGCUCUUUGACAUGCGGGAGUACCAUGACAACAUGAGUGGCAACCAGGUAGCUCAAUUGUAUGGGAUCUAG